UGCCACGUACAACUAAACUGCUAACAUAGAAAAUAAAUACACAAUCACCAAAUUAUAAGUGUAUAAAAGAAUCGGAUUGACAAUAUAUAAUAAAAAGGAAAUACAUUUAAAGAAUAUGUUUAUCUAAGAUACACAAACAUUCCUUAGGAAUAACUUUUAAGAUCGCUUUUUCUGUUAUGUCAUUAAGCUCAGUCAAAAAGUCUUCCAGAAGUUCUAAAAAUUACAUGGAAAAUAACUGUAGUCAUAGCUUAAUAGUUUGGGGGAGACUAAAUGACAUUAUCGUACCGAUAAAAAAUUUAACAGGACUAUCGUACGUACGAUAAUGUUAUUGGUAAUGAAAUGAGAGAUAUAGUAAUAAAGUAUGACUGACAUGAAUCGAAGGAAUACGCAUGAAUUACAUUUAUAAACAACCGUGUAACCAGCUUAAAUUUUCGACAAAAUCAGCUCUAUAGCAUGACAGACAGUCAAGAACUCGAAGUGGUUUUAGAGGAUGGUGGUGAUGUUUGCGCAAAUGCUGGUACAUCUGGCGAGGCUCAACAAGGUAAAGCUCCUAUGGUCAAAUUUGGCGUGACGAGAAAGAAGAAGAAAGGUAUCCGCAAAAUAGGGCACCGAAUCAGAGACCCAUUUAACAAGAAGAAAAUAGAAAAAUUGAAACAACAGAAAACUGCUUUAGAAGCAGCUGUUAAAAGGCUCAGCAAGCAGUUGUUAAUUAUGAUCUCCAUCCAUUCAAGAGGUGAGAAUGUAAAAGGUUCUGUUGGAAACUUACAAAUAGACUGCAUCAACAACAUACAUGAUUCUGACAGUGACCUUGGUGAAAUACAAGAAGCGAUUGAUAAAUUAACUGAUGCGGCUAACAAGCUGCUUGAAGAACUUACAACAGAAAACGAAAACAGAAUUAGAGAAAACGCAGAACUCAGACUUUGUCACGAACGCUCCGAGACCAAGUUGGAUGAAUUGAAAGAUCUAGUGUUACAAUGUUCAUCCGGAAUCAGCCAGCAGGAAAUCAGUCACAUGCAGGCAUUGAAAGAUUUAAAAGAUCUCCAAGAAGCACUGGUCACAAACAUGCCUGAUGAACAAAUAGUGUCAGAUGGCAUAUCAGCAAUACGCCUCGGCCUAGUAUUUGAUCAUGGAUAUGAUUUCCUACCGUUUCAAACAAAACUUUGGUGACAAAACUUGUACAUUUGUUUGGACACAGGGGACUUGUGUCGUUAUGUGAAGCUUUGCACAUAGAUAUUCCCGAAGAUAUCCUCGAAGUUGGCGGCGACGAAGACAGUAUGACCAGUGAAAUAUGUCCAGAUUUGCUGCUGGAUAAAGACGCUUGUACUAGAAUUCUGGUCGGCUGGGUAAAUAAAUCUCUCAGCAAUGAUAGUUCUGUAUUGCUUGGGGUAAUGCAAACACACGAAAGACAGCGAUAUGGAAAGGUCGAGCAACAUAUGGAACAUGUGUAUCGUGCAAGUGAGAACAAAUGUUUUCAGACUGUCAGCCAAGACGAAGAGCUGACGCAGUAUCGGUCACUUAACAACCUUACAGAGUGCCAUGACAACAGCUCCAGCGACAGAUCCCUUUCCAUUGAUGACAACUAUUUCAAUUAUAAUUCACUGGAGCGAGAAGUCUUGCACUUUUUGAAAAUUGUAUCAGUUGAAGGGAUAACAGCUAAUGUUUAACAGUGCCUUUAUGUACUUGUUAAUUAGCCAGUUUGAAAUCUUUAUAAAAUAUUCAUACCCGAGUGUGCAUUUGACAUAAAUGCAUGCCAAUCGAGAGUGUGUAUUGUAAAGACAUAUCAGUUUUUAUGUAAUAUAUUAAGAAUAACAUUGACAUGACAAACUUUUUUUCUGUUUAUAAAUGUACACAAUUUUAUAUUUUGUUCUUAACUGUAUGUCCAGGCGGCGGAAUGACUUGUUUGUUAAUGAGUUUGUUUCAUGAGUAUUGAUCACGUUAAAAUGUACAUUUUGGUUUCGAAUCGUUCAUAUAUCUUUAAGAGUUAUAGUACGCACUGUAUACAUAUUUCAUAGUUCUUACUGCAUUGUAUGUUUUGUUCUCUUGGUAGUUUGUCUGCAUUCAUUUUGAAGAAAAUCAUUGCCACACUGUUUCCAAGCAGGGCUAGUACUUUUUUUUUAAUUUCAACGAUUUAAAAUCUAUUGUAUCAUUUAUGCGAGCUUGUAGCUAUUGUUUAUUCCAGUUUGUUAUGGUACAUAAAGCAAUGUGCAAUAGAAGUUUUUAUUUUC